AUGGGGAUAUUGUGUAGCUAUCAAUCUCGUGGGCCAGAAAGGGUGCCAACAGAUGAGAUUGUCCCACUUCGUAUCUGGGAUACUGCUUUGUGUAUGCGAAGCACGGUCCUGGACAUCUCACUGAAAAUUGAUGAUUUUCUUGAUAUAACAAAGAUCCGUGGAGCUUUGGAUGAACUGUUUGAGUUAGAAGACUGGAAGCAAUUGGGAGCUCGACUGCGUAUGAAUGUUUUCCUUUGCGUUACUGAUGCGAUGUUCUCUCAGAACGGAAAGCUCGAGUACCAUAUUCCACGGUCAUUUGACGACCGAAGGCCCGCUUAUCACUUCACCAAUAUUACCCAUCUGAUGAGUAUCAAUGACCAUCCACUCGGCAAGCACCUACCUCAAGCAAGCGACAAACCCAUUCUUCUCGGCUCCCCCGAUGAAUUUAGUCCUCUUGUCAGCGACGUGGACAGCCCCAAAACGUUGCACGACUGGAUCGAUUCUGAUAUACCACAGCUUGCCAUACACACAGUCAGCUUCAGCGAUUCUACAAUUAUCACCGUGACGUGGAUCCAUACAUUGGCGGAUGUGAUGGGUAUCCGAACGUUUUUGGACGCGUGGACCGCGAUACUGAGGGGUGAGCCAAAAGCGGUCCCAAAGCUGCGAGGCUUUCGAUCAGAUCCGCUGUCUCUACUUGGCCAAAGAACACCAGCGAAUCAAUAUAUUUACUAUGAUCGUGUGUUUGGUCGAAAAGAUUUCCUCUAUUUCAUUGGACUGAAUAUACUGGAAAGACUGUGGUACCCGCGAGAGGAACGACGCACACUCUGUUUACCCGCCUCAUCAUUGAAGCAUCUUCGCUCAAUGGCAGUGUCUCAAAUAUCAAGCAUUACGCCGACCGAGGACAAGAUUGUCCCGUUUCUCAGCGAAAGUGAUGUCCUCCUGGCUUGGUGGGUCAGUACACUUCACGGUGCAUUAGGACUUCGCCCUGAUCAAGCAAUACUGGUAAACAAUGCACUAAACCUACGAACAUCAACCCAUGACUCUUUUGAAGCGACAGAUGAUGACUACAUAGGCAAUGCAUUGUGCAUGUCGCCUACGUUUCUCCAAGGAAGCGAGAUCUCCAUGGAGUCACUGGGUCCGAUUGCGUUACGGAUCAGACAGUCAUUGGCACAACAACGAACUACUGAGCAGGUUGAGGCAGUCACAGCCCUCCAGAUGGAGACAAUGGAAAGAACGGGUUACUUAGCCUUGGUGGGUGAUCCUCGGAUGGUCCUCUUGUCCUGCUCCAACUGGAAAAAGGCGGGCCUGUACGAUGUGGAUUUCUCUCCUGCCAUUGUGCAGAAUUCGAUUAGGUCAAAGAUCGGGAAUUCGGGGGAGCCCGGAAAGCCUGUCUAUGUCAAUGGAGUUCAACACUCAGCCAAGUCGUUCCGGAAUGUGCUCUCGGUGCUAGGGAAAGACUCCGCUGGGAAUUGGUGGUUGACCGGCGUUUUGCGCACGAGCGCAUGGAAGAAGGUUCAAGAGCAAUUGGACAUGAUUGACAUGGCUUAA